ACUUCUUUAAACCACUGCGUUUCACACGAGUAAAUAUGCACAACGCGCCCUUGCUAACGUUGAGGGUCAUCCCGUAAAUCAUACGAGAAUGAGCUUGUAGUGUUAGCAAAAUGUCAAGUUUCUCUAGAUCUGCCCAGCAAUGGGCCACCUUUGCUCGUUCGUGGUUUCUGAUCGACGCCAGAUUGCAGCCUCCUGGGAAAAUAGCUGCCAUGUGCUCUAUUAGGCUACAAGGGAAACACAAACCGAUUUACCAUGCACUCAGUGAUUGCGGUGACCAUGUCGUGGUAAUAAACAGUAAACACAUUGCCUUCUCUGGUAACAAAUGGGAGCAGAAAGUCUACUCAUCACACACUGGUUACCCUGGGAGCUUCAAACAAGUCACUGCUGCUCAGCUUCAUCAUAAAGACCCCAAAGCUAUUGUGAAGUUAGCAAUAUACGGCAAGCUGCCCAGGAACCUGCACAGGCGUACCAUGAUGCAGCGUUUACAUAUCUUUCCUGAAGACGAGCUGCCCGAAGACAUCCAAGACAACCUGACAGAGGAGCUACCUCAGCCCAGACAAAUUCCCAGGAAGCUCAAUGAGUACACGCAGGAGGAGAUCGAUGCCUUCCCCAGGCUCUGGACGCCACCUGAAGACUUCAAGAUGAAGUAAGAAGACAAAGACGGACGCAAUAACGCAAAAGCAUCAUGGACUGACGUGAUUGCCAUCUUCGCAGUUCUAAUUCUCACCAUGUUGUGUUUAAGAGCUGCACUUGUCUUACCGACUUUGACUCCCACGCAAACAUUGUUGACGUUCUCAUUAAAGAAAUUACAAUUAGAGAUGAGUAAAAGCUAUUAGUGGGGCAACUGCUGUUUUUCUUUCUGUCAACAUGUCCCCUUUUUGAUUAUUUGACUUUUGUUGUAAAAUAAAAUUUGAGACAUUCUAAUUGAGUGCUUUUUUUUUUUUUUUUUUAAAUAUAGUUUGAGCAUUUUCUUUGGAGUAUUCCCAAACAAUAGAAGCAUCAUUUGUUGUCUCAUGACAGAUUUAUUGGUUAUAAAAGCAAACAAAAUAAAUACAUUCAUGCAAUGA